CCUGCGGAGACGUGCAGGCGCCCGCGUAGCCUGAAGCUGAGGUGGCAGCCCUCCGGCCAACAUGGAGCUUCCACAGAUGUCGGAGCUGAUGGGAGUGUCGCUCUUGCUCGGGCUGCUGGCCCUGAUGGCGACGGCGGCGGUAGCGCGGGGGUGGCUACGCGCAGAGGAGGAGACUAGCGGCCGGCCUGCCGGCCAAAAAGCAAAUGGAUUUCCACUUGACAAGUCCUCGAGAUCCAAGAAGCAGAAACAGCAACAGCAUAUUCGUAAGGAGAAGCCUCAACAACACAACUUCACCCACCGUCUCCUGGCUGCAGCACUGAAGAGCCACAGUGGGAACAUAUCUUGCAUGGACUUUAGCAGCAAUGGCAAGUACCUGGCCACCUGUGCAGAUGACCGCACCGUCCGCAUCUGGAGCACAAAGGACUUCCUACAGCGGGAGCACCGCAGCAUGAGGGCCAAUGUGGAGCUGGACCAUGCCACCCUGGUGCGCUUCAGCCCUGACUGCAGAGCCUUCAUUGUCUGGCUGGCCAAUGGCGAUACCCUCCGUGUCUUCAAGAUGACCAAGCGAGAGGAUGGGGGAUAUACCUUCACAGCCACCCCAGAGGACUUUCCUAAAAAGCACAAGGCACCUGUCAUCAACAUUGGCAUUGCUGACACAGGAAAGUUCAUCAUGACUGCUUCCAGUGACACAACUGUCCUCAUCUGGAAUCUGAAAGGUCGGGUGUUGUCUACCAUUAACACCAACCAGAUGAACAAUGCACAUGCUGCUAUAUCCCCUUGUAGCAGGUUUGUGGCCUCAUGUGGCUUCACCCCAGAUGUCAAAGUUUGGGAAGUCUGCUUUGGGAAAAAAGGUGACUUCCAAGAGGUUGUACGAGCCUUUGAACUGAAGGGUCACUCAGCAGCUGUCCACUUCUUUGCUUUCUCCAAUGACUCCCGGAGGAUGGCCUCUGUCUCCAAGGAUGGUACAUGGAAACUGUGGGACACAGAUGUGGAAUACAAGCAGCAGCAGGACCCCUACUUGCUGAGGACAGGCCGCUUUGAAGAGGCGAGCACCAUCCCCUGCCGCCUGGCACUGUCCCCUGAUGCUCAGGUCUUGGCUUUGGCCAGUGGCAGCAGUAUUCAUCUCUACAAUACCCGGCGGGGUGAGAAAGAAGAGUGCUUUGAGCAGGUCCAUGGGGAAUGUAUCACUGACUUGUCCUUUGAUAUCACUGGUCGACUUCUGGCCUCCUGUGGGGACCGAGCAGUGCGGCUGUUUCAUAACUCCCCUGGCCAUCGGGCAGUGGUAGAAGAAAUGCAGAGCCUCCUGAAACGGACCUCCAAUGAGAGCACCCGCCGGAGGCUGCAACAGCAGCUAACCCAGGCCCAGGAGGCCCUGAAGAGCCUGGGUGCCUUGAAGAAAUGACUCUGAAGGGUGUAGCAGGAAGGAUCUGGCCUUCUGUUGCCACCACUGCUGCCACUUUUCUUCCCAGCUGCUACAGGACUCUCCUUGCAUACUGCAAGCAUCAAUAAAUGCCUGUCUCACUGGAGCUGCACUGCAUAUUCAGCAUUCAUCCAAACAUUUAUUGAGCAUCUACAAUGUUUGUGAACACAGUUUGCCUCUGAGCAAUUGCAUCUACCCUAUUUGCAGAAGUCAGCUUCAAGGUCAUUUUCCCCCCAAAAGCUUCUGGACACUUCUCAAUUAUAUUAGGAUUGUCAUAGUACCUUGUACUUCCCUUAGCCUAGCAUUUAUAAAAUGCCUUUUUAAAGCCUGUUUUCUGAUCUGUAUGUACCACUAAACUGAAAGCUCUUUGAAAGCAAAACCCCAGAUUUUGACUGCAGCACUUCGCACAGAGCCUUGUACAAUGCAGGCAUCAUUUAAUGAAUUAUUGCUGAAUUAAAGACAAUGAGUAGAGUGCUAAUAAGUAUGAACAAGUGGAACCCCAGGAUGUCAGGUCAAGGCUUCUCUGAGUUCAAUGAGAUGUUGGACGAGUACCAAAGUGGUCAGUUGACCAGUGUGGAACGUGUGUACAAGGUUGUAAGGCAUACUGAAGAAAGGUGUGAAAUUCUGUGGCUGGAGUACAGCGGCUUAUCUGGGGAGCCAGACAGGUGCCAGACAGGAAGGGCAGCAGGAAAGGAUGAUGCAGAACCGCAGUCCCCGUAAGGUCAAGUCCACAAAACAGGUAAUGGCAGCAACCGUGGCUUGAGAACGAGACGCCGACUUCCAAAUCCUCUGGGAAAGUCCCAGAGAUUCCACUGGCAGCGCCUCGCACCUCGCCCUGCCCAGGGCACCGGCUGCCCGCGGCACAUGCUGCCCGCUCACCGCGCACUUCCGUCCCGGCCGAGGGGUCUUCCGGGGCACCCAGGGGUCCUGGCCGCCAGCAGCGGGGUGCGCAGGCGCGCUGAGGCUUGCAGCCCCAAGGGGCGGGCGAGUGCGCGCGCUUCCCCGCGCACGCGCGCACGGAGGGGGCGACGGCCGCGGUGACGCUGCUGCGGCGGGCGGGUGGCGGCGCGUGAAGCGCGCGAUUCCCCGCGUCUUGGGAGCAGUGCCCCGGCUCUCGCCGCUCCCGCCGCCCCCGCCGCCGCCAUGUCGGGCAGGUCAGUCAGGGCCGAGACCCGCAGCCGGGCCAAGGACGACAUCAAGAAGGUGAUGGCUGCCAUCGAGAAAGUGCGGAAAUGGUGAGGGGCCGAGGCCGGGGCCGAGGGUGCUGGCGGGGUUCGCCGGUCCAGGCCCAGAGGAGCACCAGACCGGCAGGCGGGGUGGAGAAAAAAUGGGUUACUGUGGGUGACACAUCGCUUAGGAUAUUUAAGUGGGUUCCUGUGACCGACAACAAGGAG